CCGCACCUGGUGCAGAGCGGCUCCCCGGCGAGCGGGCCGGUCCGACGAGGCUGCAGGCUCGGCGGGGGAUUGCUUCUGUCUGGGGCCCGCCGAGAAGGCUGCGUUCGUGCCUCGCGCGUCCCCGCACCGCGUCCGCCCAGCCAAUCCCGCGCUACUCGCGCGCCCAGGAGCCUCGCUCGAUCCCACUCAGGCUGGGCCCGGCUUCUUCCCGCUCCCGGCACUCCACAGCCAAGCUCUCCUCUCUGGUUCGCUCGCUCGCUCUCACUCCUCCCCUCACUCUCCACGAGUUGCACGCCUCGGGGUGUAGCUCCGCCCCUGUCCCCGAGCCCGCCCCCGCACCCUCCAGAGCGUGUGCUCCCCGUUCCCCUCGGUCUCUUCUUGCCAUCCCGGCGUCUCGCUUGGGUCUCACUCCGCAGAGCCUUUUCGGGGCUCGCCCGGCCUGGCCCCGCCGCCUCCGCCGGCCCCGUCAGGGAGGCCGCCGCUUCUCCCGCCCCAGGCUCGCGUCUUCCCCGCCGGACUCGGGGUCGCGCGGCUCGACUCCGCCCCCGCCAGGCCACCGGGCGCUCGGCCCCCUCCUUCCCGCUCGCUCGCUCGCUCGCUCGUCCGCCUCGCGCUCUCCUAGGCAAGCGCGCUCCCGGCCGGCGCGCUCCGGGCUCCGGCUUCUCCCGGCUCCUGUCAGUGCGGUGACUGCGCUGGGAAACAUGGCGACCGAGGGAAUGAUCCUCACCAACCACGACCAUCAAAUCCGCGUCGGAGUCCUCACAGUGAGUGAUAGCUGCUUCAGGAAUCUUGCAGAAGACCGAAGUGGGAUAAAUCUUAAAGAUCUUGUCCAAGAUCCUUCUUUGUUGGGUGGAACUAUAUCAGCAUACAAGAUAGUACCAGAUGAAAUAGAAGAAAUCAAGGAAACUCUCAUAGAUUGGUGUGAUGAAAAGGAACUUAAUUUGAUACUAACAACUGGAGGAACAGGGUUUGCUCCACGAGAUGUCACUCCAGAGGCCACAAAAGAAGUAAUAGAACGGGAAGCGCCAGGGAUGGCCCUGGCCAUGCUGAUGGGAUCACUUAAUGUUACACCUCUGGGCAUGCUCUCUAGACCAGUGUGUGGAAUAAGAGGGAAAACUCUGAUAAUUAACCUACCUGGUAGCAAGAAAGGAUCUCAGGAAUGCUUUCAGUUCAUACUGCCAGCUCUACCUCAUGCCAUUGACCUUUUACGUGAUGCCAUUGUAAAAGUAAAGGAGGUGCAUGAUGAACUUGAAGACUUACCUUCCCCACCACCUCCUCUUUCUCCACCUCCUACAACUAGCCCCCAUAAACAGACAGAAGACAAAGGGGUUCAGUGUGAAGAAGAGGAAGAAGAAAAGAAAGACAGUGGUGUAGCUUCAACAGAAGAUAGUUCCUCGUCACAUAUAACUGCAGCAGCCAUUGCUGCAAAGAAGCAUCCAUUGUACACCAACCCUGCUGUUUUCAUGGCACAUCAUGGACAGCCCAUCCCUGGUAUCAUCAGUUAUUCCUAUGAUGCAACAGGCAGUACAGAUAAACGGAUUCCAGAUUCCAUCAUUUCUCGUGGUGUUCAGGUGCUCCCACGAGACACAGCCUCCCUCAGCACUACUCCUUCAGAAUCGCCCCGUGCUCAGGCUACAUCUCGCCUCUCUACAGCUUCUUGUCCAACACCAAAAGUCCAGUCCAGGUGCAGCAGCAAGGAGAACAUUCUCAGAGCCAGUCACAGUGCUGUAGAUAUCACCAAGGUGGCUCGAAGACAUCGCAUGUCUCCUUUUCCUCUGACAUCUAUGGACAAAGCCUUCAUUACAGUCCUGGAGAUGACUCCGGUGCUUGGUACAGAAAUCAUCAAUUACCGAGUCUUGGCUCUUUUCCAUCUCACAGCUGCUGAUGGUCCAGGAGAUCGUUUCAUCAUUGGGGAAUCCCAAGCUGGUGAACAGCCAACUCAGACAGUGAUGCCAGGACAAGUGAUGCGGGUUACAACAGGUGCUCCAAUCCCCUGCGGUGCUGAUGCAGUAGUGCAAGUGGAAGAUACCGAACUUAUCAGGGAAUCAGAUGAUGGUACUGAAGAACUUGAAGUGCGAAUUCUGGUGCAGGCUCGGCCAGGCCAAGAUAUCCGACCCAUCGGCCAUGACAUUAAAAGAGGGGAGUGUGUUUUGGCCAAAGGAACCCAUAUGGGCCCUUCAGAGAUUGGUCUCCUUGCAACUGUGGGUGUUACAGAGGUUGAAGUUAAUAAGUUUCCAGUGGUUGCUGUCAUGUCAACAGGAAAUGAGCUGCUCAAUCCUGAAGAUGACCUCUUACCAGGAAAGAUUCGAGACAGCAAUCGGUCAACACUUCUAGCAACAAUUCAGGAACAUGGUUAUCCCACAAUCAACCUGGGAAUUGUGGGAGACAACCCAGAUGACUUACUCAAUGCCUUGAACGAGGGUAUCAGCCGUGCUGAUGUCAUCAUCACCUCAGGAGGUGUAUCGAUGGGGGAAAAGGACUAUCUCAAGCAGGUGCUGGACAUUGAUCUUCAUGCGCAGAUCCAUUUUGGCAGGGUUUUUAUGAAGCCAGGCUUGCCAACAACAUUUGCAACUUUGGAUAUUGAUGGUGUAAGAAAAAUUAUUUUUGCACUACCAGGGAAUCCUGUAUCAGCUGUGGUCACCUGCAACCUCUUUGUUGUACCUGCACUGAGAAAGAUGCAGGGUAUCUUGGAUCCUCGGCCAACCAUCAUCAAAGCCAGGUUGUCAUGUGACGUAAAACUGGACCCGCGCCCAGAGUACCACCGGUGUAUACUGACUUGGCAUCACCAAGAACCACUGCCCUGGGCCCAGAGUACAGGUAAUCAGAUGAGCAGUCGUCUGAUGAGCAUGCGCAGCGCCAAUGGAUUAUUGAUGCUACCUCCAAAGACAGAGCAGUACGUGGAACUCCACAAGGGCGAGGUGGUGGAUGUCAUGGUCAUUGGACGGCUAUGAUGGUCACCAACAGGAGAAGCUUUGAUGCAUGUCCACAUAUCAUUGACUGUAUCCUGUAAUAUGCAACGGCACAGCUAGUUUUUCUGAUCUGGAUAAAAGUUGAUCUGUAUAGUCAACAUCUUGAACUAUAUUUCAGAUGAACUUAAAUACCUUUUAAAGAAAAAACACACCUAAGAAUAAAUCUUAACAGACAAUUCUAUUCUGAUUAUAUCAAAGCAAAAUUUUCCUUUCUUGCAAAUUGCUUUGUGUGUUCAAUGCUAGGUCUGAUAGCGAUAGCUUUUAGUAGACAGCGGUAGGUGCCUGCAGAACUUGUGUUUUUCUCAUCUUUAAAUACAACUACUUAUGCUCUUAAUCAAGGCUGUCUGCUUAUUUAUACUAGUAUAGGCAACACUGGGGUUUCCCUUCUUAGUAUGCUUCAUAACUGCUUUACAGAGAGCUUCUGCUUGUUCUUUAUCAUGUAUCUCGUGUUUAUGUGCACUGUGCCAAAAGAGGAGUGACUGCGCGGAGGCCCGCCCUGCCGCGAGGACCGUCCCUGCCGAGCACCCGGGGACGCUCACCCUAGCAGCCUCUGGCACCGCACUCGCAGGCGGUAACUGGAUACUUUUUAUUUGAACAAACAAACCGGGGGAAAAUGCUUCCUUAAGUGCUGACAGCCUUUUUAACCAACACAUUUAAAAUUGUACAGAACACAAAUAAAAUAAAAUCAAAGACUGAUCUUGUACAGAUAUUAGUGUUACCAGCAUUCAUGUGGAAAUCAAGAGCAAAAACAAAUAAUGUUAAACAACUCUGUACCAUAACAUUUUCUGUAAUGAUACUGAAACUUAAUGAAUAAAAAAAAAUCCUUGAUCAUUAUUUAAAAAUGCA